AGAGGAUGCCCUCUGUUACUUCCGGUAUCUAUUACUCAUAAACACUUCAUCACGGACAUUUAUAACAUUUAUCAGAUAGUAUGAUACAUUUGCAACAAACGUUGCUCAUUAUGUUAAAAAUGUUUUGGUUUAAAGGAGCAUUAAGCUGUGUAAUUCUUCUGCUUGGAUUAUCUUGCUAUGGCGCCGCAACAUCAUCCUCCGAUAUGACAUCAUCUACACCGGCGCCUUCUGGACUGAAAGUUCAGGGGAGUUGCAAAUUACCGACAAAGGCGCGGUUUAGACGGACUAUUUACCGUCCAUAUUCAAGAACACGUACUGGUAACUAUGAUGCAGGAUCAGUAAUCGACCACGGAACUGUCAUAAGUGCUAUCUGUAAAAGUGACGUCAUUGGCGAUAUCAUUACUAAAAGGACGAUAUCUUGGUGUCUGAAUGGAAGAUGGUGGCCACGAUUACCACCCUGUAUAAUAAAGAGACGGUGUCGUGCACCUCCUUUGGUAGAGAAUGCAACGCCCUCUGAAACAAUUUCCCCGUACCAAACUUUUCCACACAAGACAAGCGUCACAUUCACGUGUAACGCAGGCAAAAUGGCUACCGGAAAUGGAACAAUAGUAUGCGACAAUGGACGGUGGUCUCGCACGAAUCUCAACUGUAAAGACGAUCCGGACAUGGUGCAAGCUGAGAAAUGUUUAAAUACUAGUGUCAUGAAUGGUAGGAUUUCUGCAAAAAGUGUGGCGGAUGGUAUCUAUGACGUCACGUGCAAUGACGGUUAUCGUGUGGUGACGAAAAAAAUGUACAAAUGUAAAGGAGGAAUAUGGUCGGAAGGGAUGCCAAGAUGUGUACGCGCUGCAGCUAUGUGCAGAGUAAAUAGUCACGCCAAAAGAUGGUCACAUUUCAGAUUUGCAUCAAAUGGAAGCGUUGUGAAACAAAUAUCAAUCAGACAUUCGACUGAACUAGUACAAAUGUGCAAAAAACAACCUACAAUUCGAAGGAAAGUGAAAUGUUUAAAUGGUCGCUGGGUACCGACUCUCAUGACGUGCAAUUCUAACAACACAGGCCGUUUACAUCAUAGAGCCAGAACAAAUCGAAAUCACUUACUAAAUAGAGGUUUAAAAACUGCAGAUCGAAUACGUAAAAGACGAUCAUCAAGUACAUGUAUAAUACCGAAAUUGAAAGGUGGACCGUCUAAUUUCACUACUUCCGGUGGUAGUACUUCCGGUGGUAGUACCAGUCUUCAAGUCAAUGCACCCGUACCACAUGGACAUGAAGUUCUCAGGGAGUGCGUGGACGGAGGUUUUAUGCUACUGCCAGGUGUUCUAUUUACCACGACAUUCACAUCAAAAUGUCACAAUGGAAACUGGACGCCGGAAUUUCCUCGUUGCUUGAGAGAUAUAAAAGAUACUGUUUUCUAUGAUGAUAUUAUUGAAGAGACAACCAAACAAACAACUUUGCAAACAACGAACACGGAGCAAGCUACUUCUACAUCAGACACCACAACAACAACUACGCCAGACACCACAACACCAACUACAUCAGUUACCACAACACCAACUACAUCAGUUACCACAACACCAACUACAUCAGUUACCACAAAGACUCCAAUACCAAACGUUGAGUACCGUAUACAUCUACAGAAAAAAGGAGAACAUUCGCAUGUAUUCCUGUUCAUAAAUGAACCCGAUCAGGGCUUUUUUGUCGAUCUUUUUGACAAUGAAGUAUCAAUACAGGCAAGAAAUGUUGGAACGAUUAGCCGGACUCGUUUUGCAAGCACCGACGACUGGGAACAUGCCUCCUUAUCUCCGCCAUCAGGUGUCAACUUUGUUUCUAUAUACAUGCAGGCUACAGGAUCGGAUACUGAUUCGGAUAAAUUCUACAUAGAAAAAUACGCUGGAGGACAAGAAACACGGAGUUCCCCAUGUGCUAUGUCCUUUAAGAGUUUCCCUGCACAUGCGCCGGACUAUGAUAACAUAAAUUGGGAGGAGGACGAGUAUAGAAAUGAAAAGAUGGAUGAAAUCAGCUGUAAAAUAAAAUGUAUUGAAUAUGGCAAGUUUGUUUGCAAGACUUCUUAUUACCACAAGAAGGUCGGUCUAUGCACGGUAUUUAAUAGGACUAUAGCAAUAGUCGAUGCGCAUAACCAAGACUUGGUCAUACUGAAAAGGGAUGACGCUUGUAAUUAAAAGUGGCAAAUCUGGUGUCGUACUUUGGUCUAUUGUUUAAAUCAGUGAACAAUAAUAGCAAACUUGGUGCAACACUUUGGUUAUCUUUCUUUUGUAUAAAACAGUGUACAUAAUAGCAAAUAUGGUGCAGCAUUUUGGUAAUCUGUCUUUUGCAUAAAAAUUGUACAAAUAGCAAAUCUGUGCAACACUUUGAUGUGUAAACCAGUGUAUGAUGAUAGUAAAUAAGAUUCAGUGCUUCAGUCGUCUGUCUUUUGUAUAAAACAGUGCACAAAGUAGCAAAUUUUGUUUAGCACUUUGGUAAUCUACCUUUUGUAUAUAGAACAAUGAACAAAAUAGCAAAUUAUUAUGUGACGUAAGUGUCAUCUUACUAUUGUAUAAAACAGUGAAAAUAAUAGCAAAUUCGGUUCCGUGUUUCAGUCAUUUGUCUAUUGUUUAAAACAGUGUACAAAUAUCACAAUUUGGUGCAGCACUUUGGUAAUCUGUCUAUUAUAUGAAACAGUAUACAAAUAGCAAAUUUGGUGCAGCGCUAUGGUUAUCUAUCUAUUGCAUAAUAGUAAAUUUGGUGCAACACUUUGGUAAAUUGUCUAUUGUAUAAACUGACUAUUGUAUUGUUAAGUUGACCAGCCUUCAUUUACUCAAUAUUGCUGUUCUUGAAAUAUUUUGGCUCAUCUGGAGGCGUGCAACUCUAAGUUGAUCAGCUUUCAUUUGAGCCGCGUCAUGACAAAACCAACAUAAUGGGUUUGCGACCAGCAUGGAUCCAAACCAGCCUGCGCAUUCGCGCAGUCUGAUCAGGAUCCAUGCUGUUCGCUUACCAACUCUAUUACAAGUAGAGAAACUGAUAGCGAACAGCAUGGAUCCUGAUCAGACUGCGCGGAUGCGCAGGCUGGUCUGGAUCCAUGCUGGUCGCAAACCCACUAUGUUGGUUUUGUCAUGACGCGGCUCAAUUUUACAGUGACAAUAUUUACCAUAUUACCAUACUUCAUAAACGUAGAAUAACAUAAACACUAAACAAAGUAUUCUUUUGACUUCCACACAAAUAAAUAAUUUCUUAUAAAUAAUCAUAACUAAAUUAAUUGCUAAAAAGCAAUAGAAGUAACGAUUGUUCAGGUAAUUAGCCAAUGAAUUUUUUUUUUUGAAUUAAAGCUUAUCAGAAAUAAAAAUAAAACAUUUCUUCGACAUAAUGGACCUUUAAACAUGGCAAUAAUGACUUUCCUAAAUUGAACCCUCUUUAUAUAUAUAUUUUUUGUUACGUCCCCAUUAUAUACAUACAUUUUUUUUGCGGCAAAAUUUGCUUCUUAUACUGGAUGCUGUAUUCUAUUGAAUAUAUUAUACUCUGAAGGUCUGUCUUCCAUGAAGAGGUAUACAUGUAUGUAGCAAAGAUAUGCAAGCCGUGGAAUUUUUUCUUUAUGUACAAACAUUUUCCAUACUAUGUUCAAACAUUUUACAUAACAGUUAUAUUACAUUGGUACUUGUGUAACAUGUAUGUAUCGUUUGUAAUACAUAAAGAAAUUAAACAUAAUUCCGUGCACGCAUUAA